AUGGCUCUCAAAGCUUCUCAAGUGGCUUGCCGACCCUCGGAACUGGCUCACUUCGUCCUCCGGAGCAAGAAUCCACAGCAGUUGGUUGAAUUCUACAAAAACUUUCUCAACGCCAAGAUCACGCACUCGAGCGAUCUUAUCACAUUCAUGACCUGGGACCACGAGCACCACCGUUUGGCGGUUCUCAACGACCCAAACGCGGUACCAAAACCGGAGAACGCAGUCGGCGUGGACCAUCUCGCGCUCACGUUCGACUCGUUGGGGCACUUACUACAGGCAUACAAAGCCCGAAAAGAAUUUGGCAUUGAACCUGCUUACUGUGCCAACCACGGCAUGUCUACGAGCAUGUACUACAAGGACCCGGACGGCAACAAGAUCGAAAAUCAAGUCGAUGCGUUCGAAACCAAGGAGGACGCUAUUCAGUACAUGAUGAAUGCCGAGUUUACCGAAGACCCCCGUGGACCACGGUUCGAUCCGGAGGAACUUUUGAAGAGAUAUGAGGCUGGCGAGGAUGAGAAAUCUUUGAUGAAACGGGGAGCUUUAGCCCCGGAAAGCAUGAACCCUCUGUAA